AUGCCAUCCAGUGGGCGUGAAAACUUAGGUUGGAAGAUUGGCAACAAAGAUAUCGGAGCAUCGUUCACGAAGCACCGUGGCCGGACUGAUGUGGUCCCGGAUUAUGCUCCGAAUAGGCCUCGCGUUUACCUGGACAUAGCCAUCGAUGCGGCACCCGUUGGGCGCAUUGUUUGUGAGCUGUUCAAUGAUGUCGUUCCCCAAACCGCUGAAAAUUUCCGUUUGUUAUGCACUGGCGGCAGGGGUGUCGGCAAGAGAGGCAAACCGCUCCACUACAAAGGAGUUAAAUUCCACCGGAUCGUGCCGAAUUUUGUGAUCCAAGCUGGUGAUUUCACACAUGGCGACGGGACGGGCGGCGAGUCCGUGUAUGGGCCAACUUUUCCAGAUGAAAACUUGAACCUGAAGCACACAGCGCCGGGCAUCUUAAGCAUGGCCAACAGCGGCAAGGACACAAACGCGUCGCAGUUCUUCAUUUGCAUGAAGGCAUGCCCCCACUUGGAUGGCAAGCACUGCGUGUUCGGUCGCGUCAUUGAUGGAAUGGAUGUUGCCAGGCGUAUAGAAAGCUGCGGGCAGGAAAGUGGAGUGCCUUCGGGCUCCGCUGUUGUGGAUGACUGUGGGGAAAUCAAAGGAGCAGCAAGCGUGGCAAUCAGCGAGGACUUGGCCGGUCCUGGCCUUGGCGACCGUGCUGCAAAGCGACGCAGGGCAGCCGACCAGCCCGGGGAGGUUCAGGUCCUGCACAUCAUCAAGAAGCACAGUGGCAGCAAGGAGCCCAAAGAUGCCAAUGGCCAGGAGGUGAAGGUCACGAAAGGCCGCGCCAAGCUGGCGCUGGGCAACAUUCGGAAGAAGUUAGCCAUGAGCACCGGAAUGGCUGCUCAGCAGCGCGCCUUUGCAAGCUUUGCCAGGGAACAGUCUGACAGCGCUGCCGAUGUCCAGAGCGGCGGGGACCUGGGAAAAGUUGCCCCGGGCCAUCUAGCAGCAGAAGUGGAGGAGGUUGCGUUCUCUCUGGCUCUGGGCGAGAUCUCCGAGCCUUUUGAAAGCCCAGAGGGCGUUCAUAUGCUGAUGCGAAUUGCCUGA